AUGGCUGGACGAUCGGGCGGCGGUCGAGGAUUCGGACGUGGUGGUGGUCGAGGAGGACACCAGCGUUCGUACUCUGGGCCCCCCAACUUCUUUGGGAACCAACCAAACUUCCACCAAGGCCCAUCGAGAAACUUGUAUCAGCCUCCCGCUCAGAGCUUUGGCUCACCCGGCUGUUAUUUCUGCGGCGGCAAUAGUCACUACAUGCGCGACUGCAACACGGCAGCUCGGUACCAAAACGAAGGAUGUUGCCAGUACGACUUCAGGGCCAACCGUUUCUUCUUCGGCGACGGCUCUCCCAUCAUCUUACCACCUGGAGGUACGCUUCAAGCUGUGAUCGACGCGCGUGGAUCCGGAGGAGAGGGGAGUGGGAGUGCAGCUAGGGCACCGUCUGCUGCACCCGCUACGGCAAACCAACAAGCCCCGGUAGUUCGGUUUUGCGCAGUAGUUGAGGAGCCAGCGGUUCUCGCCACUCUCACAGAGGUGAAGGACUUAGAGGAUACGGAGGGAGCGCAGCAGAGCGAUUCGGAGGGCCCGAAUGAUGCUGCAUUGGAGGAACCAGAUAAGGCGAGCGGUUAA